CAAGAAAAGAAACUCAAAAUACGACAUAUAAAAAAAGAAAGACUUUCUCUUCAGUUAGUUCAAUCACAAACUGAUUCAGAAAAAAAAAAACCUUCUAUUUCCUUCUUUAUCUUCUUCAAAUCUUCGUUUCCUUUCUCAUCUCUCACCUUCAACUGAAAACCAGAUAGAGAGAGAGAAAGGAAAACAAAAAACUGAACAGAAAAAUAAAAGACAGGAAAAAGACUUAAAUCUUUUUUCUGUAUUGAUAUUCUUUAACCGUAUAUUUGCAUAAGCAGGUCUUGUUUUUUGAUGGAUCUGUAGAUCUAACACUUUCAGUAAUUGACAAGAAGAUAGCAUAUAAGGCCUAAUCACAACUGAUAAGGGAGUAGUGGUGAAAGUUUUUAGUUUGGACAGUUUUUGCAUCCGUUUGGAUGUUGAGAAAUUGGCGGUAAGCUAAAGGUGAAAUGAGGGAUGUUAUCAAAGUUAAUAAAUUUCCUGAGGGCAUGUUGGCGGCCAUCUUCGGACCGUUAUGUACAUACUGGUCCAGAUUCAGCUGGACGGCAAGAUGGACUUCUUUGGUAUAAGGACAAUGGACAACACUUACUUGGUGACUUCUCUAUGGCGGUUGUUCAGGCCAACUAUUUGCUGGAGGAUCAAAGCCAGAUUGAGUCGGGUUCUUUAAGCUCGCUCGAUUCUGGCCCCUAUGGAACGUUUGUCGGGGUGUAUGAUGGUCAUGGUGGGCCUGAAACAUCACGGUAUAUCAAUGAUCACCUCUUUCAGCAUCUCAAGGGGUUUGCAGCUGAACAAAGUUCCAUGUCUGUUGAUGUAAUACGAAAAGCAUUUCAAGCAACAGAGGAGGGAUUCCUUUCUCUAGUUGCCAAGCAGUGGCUAACGAAACCGCAGAUGGCUGCUGUUGGAUCUUGUUGUCUGGUUGGGGUGAUCUGUGAUGGGACCCUUUAUGUUGCGAACCUUGGUGAUUCCCGAGCUGUUUUGGGGAGACUUGUUAGGGCUACAGGAGAGGUGAUAGCCCUUCAGCUUUCAGCUGAGCAUAAUGCAAGUUUUGAGUCUGUCAGACAGGAAUUACAUUCUAUGCAUCCGGAUGAUCCGCAGAUAGUCGUUUUGAAGCAUAAUGUAUGGCGUGUAAAGGGUCUGAUACAGAUUUCGAGAUCUAUUGGCGAUUUAUACCUCAAAAAUGCGGAGUACAAUAAGGAGCCAUUGUAUGCAAAAUUUCGUUUGCGAGAACCUUUUAAAAGGCCCAUAUUGAGUGCGGAUCCAUCAAUUUCAGUGCAUGAACUCCAAUCACAUGAUCAGUUUCUCAUACUUGCUUCUGAUGGUCUUUGGGAACAUCUUAGCAAUCAAGAGGCAGUUGAUAUCGUCCAAAAUAGCUCUCGCAACGGAAGUGCUCGGCGGCUUGUAAAAACUGCACUGCAAGAAGCGGCAAAGAAAAGGGAGAUGAGGUAUUCUGAUCUGAAGAAGAUUGAUCGUGGUGUGAGGAGACAUUUUCAUGAUGACAUCUCGGUCAUAGUCGUGUUUCUCGAUUCAAAUCUUGUGAGUAGGGCCAGCUCACUUAGAGGGCCCUCUAUAUCUCUGAGAGGAGGUGGUCUGAACCUCCCAGCAAAAAGUCAGGCUCCCACUCCCACAUAACUUGAUGUUGUAGAACUGAAGUCCAACGAAUGAAGAAUUAUUAUGUUCUAUCAUGGUUCUUUCUCCCCUGUUUGCCGUGGAAUUGUAACUUUCUGGUAACUCGAUUAUUUGGUUUUCAUGAUUAAUCACUCAAAAUUACAAAGACGUUUAGAACAGUGCAUCAAGUGCAGCUGUUGCAGCCAAACGCCAUUCAUCUUGCAGCCCAUAAUGUGUUUUUUUUCUCCUGGAAAUGGAUUCAUGACUGUUGAUUUUGGGCACUGUUUUCCAGUUUGGUUACCAUGGCAUCGGCCAUGUAUGGACGUUUAUUUUUAGAGGAAUUUUCCACUGGAAACGCAAUUUAUUUGUGUAUCUUGAAUUCCUGGCACCUAAUAAUCAGCAGUGAAGAAUCCGUUGAUAAGUUUUAAUUUGGCAGUACAGCAUUGAUCACUACUAGGACCUUCCAGAAGCAGCACUGAAUAAUGGACCAUGUACUUUAUUGACAUUAUUUGUUUGACUGACCAACAGUAGUAUGUGGGGGACAGAUGAAAAAUUGACCAUUUCUCCGUGGUAUCCAUAAAAGUUUCCUCUGUACUUUGGGGUUGUUGAUUAAGGAAUUGUUGAUUAAUGAAUUUAUUCAGGUUUCCUAUUCUCUGAA